UGCUCCAGCCUCCAGAGGAGGCUGUGCAGCCUCAGGGGGCCGUGGACCCCGGAGUUCUGAGCACCCAGCGCCCUCCACCCCCUGUCCCCACUGCUGAUGGCCGACGACCCACCGGGAGCUUCCGAGAAGGGAGAGAUGGCUCCUGGGACACGUGUGAGGUUGGGGAGAGCCUGGGGAGAGCUGCAUUUGGAGAUCGAGGGGAAGAGUCAGGAGCUUCCUGAGCCCUCGGCGUUGCUGACGCCCCCAAUGUCGUCCAGCGGCCGGGGGCCGGGGGCCGGAGCGCGCAGACGCCGAACCCGCUGCCGGCGCUGCCGGGCCUGUGUACGGACCGAGUGCGGGGACUGCCACUUCUGCCGGGACAUGAAGAAAUUCGGGGGUCCUGGGCGAAUGAAGCAGUCCUGUCUGCUCCGCCAGUGUACUGCUCCCGUGCUGCCCCACACAGCUGUGUGUUUGCUGUGUGGAGAGGCUGGAAAGGAGGACACAGUGGAGGGAGAAGAGGAGAAAUUUGCUCUGAGCCUCAUGGAGUGUACAAUCUGCAAUGAGAUCGUCCACCCAGGCUGUCUCAAGAUGGGAAAGGCCGAGGGUGUCAUCAACACUGAGAUCCCAAACUGCUGGGAGUGUCCUCGAUGUACCCAGGAAGGCAGGACCAGCAAGGAUUCUGGGGAGGGGCCUGGACGAAGGAGAGCUGACAAUGGGGAGGAGGGGCCGGGGCUGGGAAGCGGCUGGAAGCUAACCGAGGAGCUGCCACCACCCCUCCCCCGACGAAAAGGCCCCCUGCCUCCAGGGGCUCCCUCAGACGAUGGCCCUGGACCUCAGAAGCGGAAAGAGAGAGAGGUGGGGAAUGAACCCCCCACACCUAGGAAGAAGAUAAAAGGAGGAAGAGAGAAGCACCUGAAGAAGAAACCAAAGCCCCCUUCGGCAUCUCCUGAGGGUCCUGCGGCCCCAGCCCCUUCCCCACAGCGGGAAAAGCUGGAGCGUUUCAAGCGGAUGUGCCAGUUGCUCGAGCGGGUGCCAGAUACUUCAUCAUCUUCCUCAGACUCAGACUCGGAUUCAGACUCAUCAGCUACGUCCCUCAGUGAGGAUGAGGCCCCUGGGGAGGCCCGAAAUGGGCGACGGCCCCCACGGGGCAACUCUGGGGAGAAGGAGAACAGGGGUGGCCGUCGGGCCUGGCGGCCUGGGAGUGGGGGCCCUCUGCUGAGCUGGCCCUUGGGUCCUGCACCCCCACCCCGCCCCCCACAGCUUGAGAGACAUGUGGUGAGGCCGCCACCACGAAGCCCAGAGCCGGAUACGUUGCCCUUGGUAGCGGGGCCUGACCACCCUCUACCACGGGCUGCCUGGCUUCGAGUCUUCCAGCACCUUGGGCCCAGAGAAUUGUGCAUCUGCAUGAGGGUCUGCCGGACCUGGAGCCGAUGGUGCUAUGACAAACGUCUGUGGCCCCGAAUGGACCUGAGCCGAAGAAAAUCACUAACCCCACCAAUGCUGAGUGGUGUGGUCAGACGGCAACCCCGGGCCCUGGAUCUCAGCUGGACAGGAGUUUCUAAGAAGCAGCUCAUGUGGCUCCUGAACAGGCUGCAAGGCUUGCAGGAGCUGGUGCUGUCGGGCUGCUCUUGGCUCUCAGUCUCAGCAUUGGGCUCAGCCCCGUUGCCUGCACUGCGGCUUUUGGACCUCCGUUGGAUUGAGGAUGUUAAGGACUCCCAGCUCAGGGAGCUACUGUUGCCUCCACCCGACACCAAACCAGGCCAAACAGAGAGCAGGGGACGGCUGCAGGGGGUGGCUGAGCUGCGCCUGGCUGGCCUGGAGCUGACAGAUGCCUCCCUCCGCCUUCUCCUACGCCAUGCUCCCCAGCUCAGUGCCCUUGACCUCAGCCACUGCGCCCAUGUUGGGGAUCCCAGUGUCCACCUCCUCACAGCCCCCACCUCCCCACUCCGGGAGACCCUUGUUCACCUCAACCUAGCGGGUUGCCACCGCCUCACGGAUCAUUGCCUCCCGCUCUUCCGACGAUGCCCCAGACUUCGACGCCUGGACCUUCGCUCCUGUCGCCAACUCUCACCUGAAGCCUGUGCCAGGCUGGCAGCUGGAGGUCCCCCUGGUCCCUUCCGAUGCCCUGAGGAGAAGCUGCUGCUCAAGGACAGCUAGUGGGGUGCCCCCCAACUUCCCCCAGGACUUGCAAGCCUUUAUCUUGGGGCCCCUUUCCCCAUCUCCCCAAUCCAUCACCCAGGGGCUGGGUCUCUCUACCUUCUGACUUGAUUCUCCCACAUAGAGACUCAAGAACAACCCUCAACCCCCUGCACUGAUAUAUCCCUGGGGGUUAAUGUCUUCUCCUCCCAUGCCCCUGCCUACUUCAUUGUCCUGGGGGAAAGUGGGGCAGAGGUACUGAUGUGGGGGA